CUUUGGUGCAUGCGAAAGGAUUUACUCUCGACUUCAGUCAUUAUUUCUGUGCCUCUGUGACUCCAAGAUUCCUUCGAUUAUUCCCAAUAAAUCAUCACUACAAAUCAUAACGAAUCAUUGCGAAUCAAUACAAAUCAUUACGAAUCCAGAAAUAUAAAAUUGCCAAGUGAAUUUUUGUGUUCUGCUGUUAUCAUCGAGAUGUUUUGAGUAACUCAUCAAUUUUUCAACGUUAAAUAAGAGGAAGUCAUUAUCCAUAAUGAAUUGGGGUCUUAGGGCGACGACGUUGAUCCUCUGGGUAGUGAUAGGACUUUCAGCUAUCAGAGAUUGUAAUGGAGAUCAAAGAGUCGUAUGUUAUUACACAAAUUGGUCGGUGUAUCGGCCAGGAACGGCGAAAUAUUCACCGCAGAACAUAAAUCCAUACCUCUGUACUCAUCUUAUUUAUGCCUUUGGGGGUUUCACCAAGGAUAACACACUGAAGCCAUUCGACAAAUACCAAGAUGUUGAGAAAGGUGGAUAUGCCAAGUUCACUGGUCUCAAGACGUACAAUAAAAACUUGAAGACAAUGCUAGCCAUCGGUGGAUGGAAUGAGGGCUCCAGUAGAUUUUCACCUAUGGUGGCUGAUCCAGAGAGGAGGAGGGAGUUGGUGAAAAACUCAGUGAAAUUUCUCAGACAAAAUCAUUUCGAUGGUCUCGACCUCGAUUGGGAGUAUCCGGCAUUCAGGGACGGCGGCAAACCCCGCGAUAAAAAUAAUUACGCCGAUCUUGUUCAGGAAUUGAGAGAAGAGUUUGAAAAGGAAUCGUUGAAAACAGGUAGACCACGACUUCUUCUAUCAAUGGCAAUACCCGCUGGGAUUGAGUAUUUGGAAAAAGGAUACGAUCUCCCAAGACUGAACGAAUAUCUCGAUUUCUUCAAUCUCCUGUCUUACGAUUAUCACUCGGCCUUCGAGCCUGCGGUCAACCAUCACUCGCCGUUGUACGGACUCGAAGAGGCUAAUGAGUACAAUUAUGACAGUGAAUUAACCAUCGAUUAUACGAUAAGUUAUCUCUUAAAUCAUGACGUUUCGUCUGAGAAAGUUGUACUUGGAAUACCCACCUAUGGAAGAUCCUAUACACUUUAUAAUGCAGAAGCAACGGAUAUAGGAGCUCCAGCUGAUGGACCUGGAGAGGAAGGAGAUGCAACUAGAGAGAAAGGAUACUUGGCGUAUUACGAAAUUUGCGAAAAUAUAGCGAAAUCAGACGAAUGGGAAGUGGUUCAGCCGAAUGAAAAGGCAACGGGGCCCUACGCUUUCCGAGGAAACCAAUGGGUUGGCUACGACGACGAGAAUAUUGUCCGGGUGAAAGCAUUUUACGUUAAAGAGAAGAAACUGGGAGGCAUUAUGUUCUGGUCCAUUGACAACGACGAUUUCCGGGGGAAGUGUCAUGGACGUCCGUAUCCACUCAUUGAAGCUGCCAAAGAGGCUCUCCUCUCCGGAAAUGAGAAAAUCUCGGAGAUAUCGAAGCCAACGGGUUCUCGAAAAAAGACAAAGCCUCAAACAAGUCGUACAUCAGAUACCUCAACAGAACGAAAAUACUCAUCUCCUCGGCGAUCAGGUUCUAAACCACCUCGAAAGCGUCCAUCCUCCACUCGAUCGACCCCUCGUUCCAAGAUUGCUUCAGAAGAUACAGUUGAAUCUCGAGAAUCGAGUGAAGAACGUGGCACAUCGACUCGGCCCCGCAAAACGCGUCCAAAAUUCCGCACAGGAACUCACAGACAAGAGCAAACAAGAAAAAUAGAGCGAACGGAAGAAGACCCAUCUCCCUUCAGCAACAGUCUAACCACACCGGAGCCUCCAACGACCCCAGAUCCAGGGUCAGACUUCAAGUGCGAGGACGAGGGCUUUUUCCCUCAUCCCCGAGACUGCAAGAAGUAUUUCUGGUGUUUGGACAGUGGUCCCAGCGGUCUUGGAGUGGUUGCUCAUCAGUUCACAUGCCCAUCUGGUCUAGUCUUCAACAAAGCAGCCGAUUCCUGCGAUUAUCCUCGCAAUGUCGUCUGCCCAAAGGCGAAAGCAUCUCCGACGACUCCUAAACCCACCCCUACGAGCAAAACAACCAAGAGAACUACAACUGCCAGUCCAGAGAUUGAGGGAGACGAUGAAUACGAGUAUGAAGAAGAUGAGGAGAAUUCAGCUGGAGAGGAGGAAGAAAUUCCUGUUAGCACAACUGCAAAGCCUUUGUUGUAUAAGACAAUUAGUAGAAAUAGACCGACCACUUCGAGUAGUACUACAAGUACUGAAGCAACGACGACUCAAGGAACUAUUGAGACCUCUAGAGGAUUCAAAGGAAUCGAAGAUGGAGAGGGCGAUGACACUGAGGAUCCCAAGGUCCUCAAAGAAUUGAUUGAUUUGAUUAAGAAAGCCGGAGGGAUUGAGCAGCUUGAAAAACAACUGCAUCUGCAGGAAAAGGGUCUAGUUGGUGAUACCACUGAGGGUAGUUUAGCUACUCCAGCUACGAUCAGUAGGAGUUUAUACGAGAAAGUGCUGAAUCGACAAGCCACGAAGCUCUUUGGAGGGUCUAGUGGAAAGGAUACGAAGCAGGUGACAAAUUCGAGGGGUUCACUCCAGAAUGGACCGGGGAAAUCGCAAUUCGAGGGGCUUGAUGAACUGCCAGAGGUGAAGAACUUGAGGAGAAUAAAUAAGCAUCAGUAUGUGACAAUUGCACGCCAGAGAUCUUCAACGAAUGAACCUGCAGUGAGCGAGGAUGAACUUUCUAAUGAAGAAGUUGAAGAGGACAAUGAUGAUGCAUCCUCUGAUGAUCGCGAAGUGAGUAAUCCUCCGGGGAAAGAGAGAAAUUCGUAUCUGAAACGAGUAACACCUAAUUACGUCAACAUCCGUAGAUCUCGACCGACCACUCCAGCAAGUGACGGUGAUAUCAAAGAAAGCGGCUCCCAAGAAGAAAAUUCUUCAAAAUUUUCCCGCAAACAGCACAACAGAAAUUUUGAAAACGACGAGGAACCAGCGAAUAAACCAUCAUCCACUGAAUCCAUUGAGGAAGUCUCUCAAGAAUCAAAUACUCCAAAAUCCAGAUACACCAAUAUUCAUCGCUUCAGAAGUACAACGGUAUCAUCCACGGAAUCCGAAGAUCCUGUUAAAUCUUCAGAAGAAACCUCAGAGUCUCCCCCAACUAGUCCCCUAGAGCUGACCCCAACCGAGCCCCAGGUCUUCUCAACUCCCUCCCCUACCACAGAGGCAUCAAAGUCCUCCACAGAAUUUCUCCCUGAAGUCACAAACCCCACAAUAAGCACAACACACCAGCCAGCAACAGAGCCAGUUAAACUGGUAGAGAACUCAGUCACUGAAAUACUACUAACAACAUUCCCAGCACCAUCGACCCCUCGCACAACUCCUUUACCAAGGACAACAGUAUCAGCAGUAUCAUCACCUAGACCCUUUGGAUAUUCUCGACGAACACGUCCAACGACAACAUCACCAUCAUCAACAACACCAACACCAUCGACAACUGAGCAAUCAAGAGCCAAGGUCGGAGCGUUGAAGAGCCCGGGAGCCAUCUUGAGAAAGCCUGGAAUUAUUGCUAGACCCACUACUUCCAAGAGCUACGCUAUUGAAUAUGAAACCGCAGAUCGCCGUUACUCUAGUAAAUUCGUGGUGCCUUCAGUAGAAAAUAACGACCAAACGGGUCGUGCCCAGGAAGUCGCAGUGUCACUGAUAGAUCCAUCAGUGCUCGCUUCCUUCAAAACAGGUAAAGAAACGUUAACGAAUCGAGGUGCACAGAGGCAUAAAAACGAAGAGUUUGAAGGUAUCACUGAAACACCGAUUACGAGGACGACAAUUUCGAGAAGAAGACAACGGCCUACAUCUGCCUUUCAAGAUGCUCAAGUCACUUCGCAUAAACCAAGACGCCCUGCCAUUAUUGAUUACGAUUACUACGUUGAUGAAGAGGUGCGCAUCUCAGUGAAACCUGAGCUGAAGAAUAAAAUCUACGUAACAGCGAGUGGAAGGAUUGGAUGCCUGGACCAGGGAACAUUCGCACAUCCGUAUUCUUGUAAAAAAUUUAUCACCUGCGCGAAAAUGGUGGGAGGACAGGUGGUACCCACUGAGUACUCAUGCCCCAAUAAAUUGUCCUUCGAUCCUGUCGGAGGCAUUUGUAAUUGGUCCGCUGGACUCGGGUGUAAAGAGUCUUUGUAAUCAGAAUUAUUCUUUUUUUUUCUACUUUUGUAACUGAGAUAAUUUUCUUAAAUCUGCCAUUGAUGUAAUAGCAAAAGAGAAAUAUCGAGAUCAGUGGAGGCAGAGGAAAAUGCCGAAGGACUUCUUCGUGGAUUCUAAGAUUGUCUACAUAUGAGCCAUCGGAUAAUUUUUUUUUACUCCAAUUCAUUACAACUUUUAACGUUAUCUCGUACUCUGAUAAAUUGUUUCGUAGGCAUUAUGUAAUGGAUAUUAAACAUAUUUCUUAGUUAAAUAGUAAUCAGUUAGCCAUAUGUAUAAUUCGUUUAAGUACAGCGUCGUGAUAUUAUCGAUAAAUGUAAUGAUUCUUAUUAAUUCAUCAAUUUUUUUUGUAUAUACUAAUUGAUUGUAAAUAAGGCUCUGAAUAUUAAAAAAUACUGUAUAAUGAUUGUAUUCAACACUUAACAAUACCAUUUUUUUUCCAAAUUAAAAACUAUGAAAAUGGAGAUAAAAAUUGGAAAGCUAUUGGCGUUGAGAAUAUUUUUAUAAAUUUUUUUCAGGGGAUAAUCUUCAUAUGGAGUAAGAUUUUAUUCAAUGAGCUAAUGGGGAAUAUCAAAUCACGAGAGGACAGGGGGAGCAAUUAAUUGGUACAAGAAAAUCCAUUCAUAAUGCGUGACCAAUGAAAGUUGCGCGAUAAAUCGAAUUGUUAAUCCCAUUGACAAUGUAAACAUAAUAUUCAAGCAUAAAACGUAGAUAAAAAAUAUCUUCAUGAAUUCAGUGAGAUCGUCGGAAAUUCCCAAUUGAUGAUUCACGUCUUCAAUUCUUCCCCAAUCCUUGAUGAUGGUGAUGAAUUUUUGUUUUGAAAAGGCGAACAAUGUCCACAAUAUAGAGCACUCGAAAAAUUUAAUUGCCACAAUUAAAAUUAUAAGUAACAUUCCAAAAUGAU